GUUCGAUUUCAUUUGAUCUGCUCUGCGGUUGUGUUUACAGAGUUCUUUGUAUAUAUCCCCGGCACCAUGAAGGCCUGGGUCUGGUUUACAUUUGUCGCGUGUCUCUUUGCGGCAAGCACAGAAGCCGCCUCCAAUUUAGUCUGCUUCUAUGACUCUUCAAGUUACACAAGAGAAGGCCUGGGCAAGCUGCUCAAUCCCGAUCUGGAGAUCGCUUUGCAAUUCUGCAGCCACUUGGUCUACGGCUACGCGGGACUUCGGGGUGAAAACCUGCAGGCGUACAGUCUGAACGAGAAUCUGGAUAUCUACAAGCACCAGUUCUCCGAAGUGACCGCCCUCAAGAGGAAGUAUCCCCAUCUGAAGGUUCUGCUGAGUUUGGGCGGUGAUCGUGACAUCGACAUUGAUCAUCCCAAUAAAUACAUCGAGCUGCUGGAGGGCGAGAAGGUUCGUCAAAUUGGCUUCAUCCGAUCGGCCUUUGAUCUGGUGAAGACCUACGGUUUUGAUGGCCUGGAUCUGGCCUAUCAGUUCCCCAAGAAUAAACCGAGGAAGGUUCACGGUGAAUUGGGUUCGGCCUGGAAGAGUAUCAAGAAGCUGUUCACUGGAGAUUUCAUAGUGGAUCCCCAGUCGGCCCUGCACAAGGAACAGUUUACCGCUCUUGUUAGGGAUGUCAAGGACUCCCUGCGACCCGAUGGACUCCUGCUUAGUUUGACCGUACUGCCCAAUGUUAACUCUACUUGGUACUUUGACAUUCCCGCUCUGAAUGGCUUGUUGGACUUCGUGAACCUGGCUACCUUUGAUUUCCUGACUCCUCUUCGUAAUCCCGAGGAGGCGGACUAUACUGCUCCUAUCUACCAUCCGGAUGCAUCGAAGAAUCGUUUGGUGCAUCUCAAUGCCGAUUUCCAGGUCGACUACUGGCUGAAACAGGGAUUCCCAUCGAGUAAGCUCAAUUUGGGAGUGGCCACCUAUGGCAAUGCCUGGAAAUUGUCCAGCGGAUCGGGACUCGAUGGUGUUCCAGUGGUGCCCGAGACCAAGGGAGUAGCUCCCGAGGGCCACCAGUCGCAGAAGCCCGGCAUACUGAGCUACGCCGAGAUCUGCGGCAAGUUGUCCAAUCCCCAAAAUCAAUUCCUCAAGGGCAACGACUCGCCACUGCGAAGAAUUUCCGAUCCCACCAAGAGAUUCGGUGGCAUUGCCUAUCGCCCAGUGGAUGGCCAAAUAACCGAUGGUAUUUGGGUGAGCUACGAUGAUCCGGAUGCAGCCUCCAAUAAGGCUGCUUACGCCCGUGCCAAGAACCUGGGAGGCGUGGCCCUGUUCGACCUGAGCUACGAUGAUUUCCGUGGGCAGUGCACGGGUGACAAGUAUCCCAUCCUAAGGGCUGUCAAAUAUCGUCUAUAAAUAUGAA